AGAGGCAAAAGAAUGGAAACCAGUUAAAGCAGGCAAACAGCAAACAAAGUACUGCUCCAAUAAAGCAAACAAACACAAGGAAAAGUCUUUGGUUCUCCCAGCUCCGCCUAAUCGCGACGCGGACGCGGCCUCCUCCAGCUGCCAUCAGCCAACAAACUCAGCGCAAGAUCCGGCUAAGGAUCUCGGAGGCGCCGCCGCCGCCAUGCCGAGUACUUCCUCCUCCUCCUCCCACCACCACCACCGCGCCCGGCUACGCGCCCGCGCCGCGCCGCUCCUCGUCGUCGUCGUCUUCGCCGUCCUCGUCCUCACCGAGCUCCUCCGCACCAGCACCCGCCGCGACCUCCCCCCGUCCGCGAGCCGGUUCGGCUCCUCCUCCCCCGCCAACGCGAACCACACCGUCGCGCAGCGCAAGAUCCUGCUCGACCCGGCCUUCACCCCGCGGCUGCCGCGCCAGAGCCCGCUCUCCCUCUCGCUCUCCCAGCGCAACGCGCUGCCGCCGCGCAACGUCGGGCGCUUCCCCAGCCUCCCCGACGAUCACCUCAAGAUCGUGCUCUACGUGCACAAUCGCCCACGCUACCUCCGCCUCGUCGUCGACAGCCUCUCGCGUGUCGAGGGCAUCGGCGAGGCACUGCUCAUCGUCAGCCACGACGGAUACUUCCCGGAGAUGGACAAGAUCGUGCAGGGCAUCAACUUCUGCCAGGUGAAGCAGAUCUUUGCACCCUACUCGCCGCACCUCUUCCCAGAUGCCUUCCCUGGUGUCACCCCCGGGGACUGUCAGGGCAAGGAUAACGCCGCGGAGAAGCGGUGCCAGGGCGACCCUGACCAGUACGGCAACCACCGCUCUCCAAGAAUCGUGUCUCUGAAACACCACUGGUGGUGGAUGAUGAACACCGUGUGGGAUGGGCUGGAGGAGACCAGGGACUUCGAUGGCCACGUUCUCUUCAUAGAGGAGGACCAUUACAUAUUCCCCAAUGCAUACCGGAACGCGCAGCUGCUUAUGGAUUUGAAGCCGAAGAAGUGCCCCCAGUGCUAUGCUAUCAAUUUGGCUCCAUCGGAUGUCAAAGCGAAAGGGGAAGGUUGGGAGAGCUUGGUUGCCGAGAAGAUGGGUAACAUUGGCUAUGCCUUCAAUAGGACAGUGUGGAGGAAGAUUCAUGCUAAGGCUAAGCAGUUUUGCGCAUUUGAUGAGUACAAUUGGGAUAUAACAAUGUGGGCAACUGUGUACCCGUCCUUUGGAGCUCCUGUUUACAGUCUCAGGGGGCCUAGGAGAAGUGCUGCACAUUUCGGCAAGUGUGGCCUGCACCAGGGCCAAGGUUCGAGCAAUGUCUGUGUGGAUAAUGGCGAGGCAGCUGUGGAAUUAGAGGACAUCGACAAGGUCCCUAACAUCAAAGCUGAUUGGCCAGUCCGCAUCAUCCAGAGGCAAGAGGGGUAUCAGGCUGGUUUCAAAGGAUGGGGUGGUUGGGGUGAUCGGCGUGAUCGAGAGCUAUGUUUGAGUUUUGCAUACAUGUACCAUAUUAAAGACCCAUCAUCUGCAUAAUGGGGGAGUACAGGCACAUGGUUUUUGGCACAACUGAUGCCACUGUUGUAGUGUUGUUUGGUAUGCGCCCAUUGAUUCAUACAGGGUUUGUUCUAUAGAUAGCCUUCCUCCUUUAUCACAGUUUUGUAGAGUGGUUUGGUUUUUGGUUGAUAGACAAUUGCUGCUAGCCUUGGGUCAACCUUCCUAAACUGUAUGACUUACUUUAGCUCAAUGAUAUGGAUAGAGUUACUUUUUUUAA